AUGACUUAUUGGCAGAUCAUAACCUCAUAUAGCAUUGGUUUCUCGGCAUUCUUGCUUCUCUCUGGUCGAUUGGCGGAUCUCUUCCCGGCUGGCAUAGUGUUCGAAGUAGGAUUCGCGUUGCUGGGGGUCUUGAGCUUGGUCACGUCUUUUGUCACGAGUAACAAAUAUGGGUUCUUGAUUCUCAGAGGACUAGCUGGUAUCACUGGGUCUCUGUCUAUACCAUCGGCUUAUCACCUGGUCAUCCAUAUGUAUCCCGAAACGAAGGAGCAAGCUUCCAAACUAUCUCUGCUAGGGCUUGCGGCGGGCCUCGGCAAUGUUUUUGGCCUGGUGCUGGCAGGUCUCUGUAUGAGAGCCUCCUACAAGUGGUUCUUCCGUCUUAUCGCCAUCCUCUGCCUUCUCUCUACGGCCGUCGCCAUCUGGCUCCUCCCCUUUAGCCUUUCUUCGACCUACUCGAAAGAGAAGAAGGAAGGGAAGGAGAGCAUUCCGAGGUGGCGGAUGUUGGAUGCCCCGGGGGUGGUGUUGAUGAUGGGGUUCCUCACAUGCUUCAUCUUGUCGUUGACGCAGGGGCCGAUCGAUGGAUGGGGAGCGGUAAGCUUCAUCGUGCCUUUCGUGAUCUGUUGGCCAUGCGUAGUUGGCUUCUUCUUCUGGGAGGCAAAGAUAUCCCAGAAGACAGCCAUUCUCCCCAACUCGGUCUGGAGCAUCACAAAUUCCAUCAUCGCCUCUCUCGCCGUGCUCAUCCCUAUGGGGUUUUGGGGCACGUCUCAGUUGAUGUACGCCAAUUAUUGGCAGACUGUCUACGGAUGGAGUCCCCUCCAUGUUGCGGUGGCCUGUUUGCCCCAGGGUGUAAUGACUCUGAUCAUAGGCGGGAUGGUGCAAUUUGUACCAGCGAUCAUCGAGAAGCCUCGUUGGUCCAUCCCAAUCGGCUCGAUCCUGAUCGUAAUCGCCGAGGUCCUCCAGCUCAAAUCCGAAGGCGGGCAUGGUACAGACUACUGGCGUUUCAUCUUUCCCGCGUUCGUCCUCGGCAGCGCUGGGGGGAUGAUUGUCAUCUUUGCGAGCCAGAUCAAUCUGGUGCAGAUGUGUCCGCCAGAGAUGGGCGGGGUGGCGGCAGCUUGGAUAUCUGUCCUUUUCCAAGUCGGCGGAGCUCUCACCCUAGCUGUCAUGUCGGGCUUAGAGUCAACCAACCCAUCAACAUUCAUGCAAUCCGGCGCGAAAGUGUGCUAUUUUCUCAUCGGCUAUACCAUCGUACUGGCCGGGAUAUAUGUGGGGUUCUACAAGACGCCGAAGAGCUUGGAAGAGGAGCACAAGGAGGCUAGGGAGAGGAUCAGGAAACGUGACGGUGACGGUGGUGGUGAUGAUGGGGAGUCUAGAGUAGGGCAAGAUGGGAAGAGGACUAGGGAAGAGGAGAAAGUUUGA